UAAAGCAUUAACAGAAGGUAUAAGUAACAGAGCAAACGCAAAUUAAGGCACAGAUGGAUAAACUCGAAAAAGAAUUACAUGGAUUAAAUUGGGGGUUUUCGAAAACUUGUUGGGCUAACAGUUUUUCAAAGUUCAGUGGUGUUGUUUGUAACCGAUAUAAUUCUGGUGAGACAAACUUGCUCAUUUAAAGCUGUAAUUUUGCCAUUUACAAGUAGUUUUUUUCGCUAACUUCAUGUUCCUUAGCGAAAGACGACGCGUAGCUGGCAACAUUAACUCUAAAAGCCAGAAAGAGUGAUCAGCAUCAAAUUUCUCCUUAUUAAUGUCAAUUUUUACAAAUAUAGGGAUCAUCUAUCUCAUUGAUACUAUAACAACCUCUCACCACUACUUUUAGAGGAAACGUAUAGGAGCAACAAUUGAGAAUUUGAGUUUUGAUAUGACGUUUUGAAGGGUUAACAAAAGAAUCUAGACAGCCGCGUCACAGCCCCUUAAAACAAAUUCACCUUUUCUCCUUCCAGGGCGUGUCAUGGGUAACAGUACAUUACAUGCUUGGUGAAGUCCAAUAUGGUGGGCGUGUCACUGAUGACUUUGACAAGCGCUUACUCAACACUUACGCACGAGUAUGGUUCAGUCAGGAAAUGUUUAAAGACACAUUUAAGUUCUAUCAAGGAUACAAUAUCCCUCGCUGUGCACAGAUCGCUGAUUUUAAGGCUCAUAUUGAUGAAAUGCCAAUGUCAGAUACGCCAGAGGUAGGGUAACGGAAACCCUUUCUUUAUCUUAUGAUUAUGUGGCCCACUUUGGGUUAAAUCUGCAACUACUGCAGUUCAGCGUGAUGAGACCAUUUUAGCAGGACUGUUAAGUGAAUUGCUCCCAACUGUAACAAAGGCUCUAAGAUAUUGCUUCAGGACUAGUAAUUAUUUCUUAACCGAAGAGGUACACCGCCAGUGUAUAAUAAGAUCAUGCUCUAUCUACAUUUCUGUAUGCCUCUCACGAGCAGGAAUUCUUUUUUCCCUAUUUCACAAAAAAAAUAUACAACCAGACUAUUUCCCGACUUCAUGAAAAAGACACGAAAAAAGCCCAAUCGUAGAUCAGCUCAAUGGCAAUAGUUUCCUACAAUUUUUUUACAACUAUCGUAAAAUUAGUCUUCAAAAUUCGUAGAGAAAAAGCAAGAAAGUGGUUAAGGAAUGCGUUUAAAUCUUGUCAAACACGGCUGAGAGUAAGGCUACGAUAUUGUAGGAAAUUAGUUAUUAACACACUACCCGAUCAGAAUAAAGUAGCAAUUCGUGUUUUACUAAGUUUUUAACGCUCAUAUUUUUAACACUCGUAUUUUCAAACUUGAUAUAACCCACGUGCUCGUGUAGUAAACUUUUCCAAUUGCCAUACAAAUGCUAACUCGAUAUCUUAAACUGUCCUUGCUUUUUUCAGGUUUUUGGUCUUCACCCGAACGCUGAUAUAACAUACCAAACGAAGACCACUUCAGACGUGUUGGAAACAAUUGUAAAUAUCCAACCGAAAGACAGCGCUGGAGGAUCGGGAGAAACUCGUGAAUCACUUGUAGCGCGUCAAGCAACUGAAAUGUUGGAUAAGCUACCGGCCGAUUAUGUUCCUUUCGAGGUCAGUCACUUUAGCUCGAAUACUACUUAUCUUGUGCUAUCUUGUGAUCGUUCUUGUGUAAGCUUUUUCAUAGCAUUUAGUAUUUCCUUGUUUUUUUUUCUCUGCAAGUUGCUUCAGUCUAGUUUUUCUUCUUUUUCUUUUGUUUUUUUGCUCCUUCUCACAUGAAAGUUCUGCACUGGGCCUCAACUUCAAAGUAACGGUUCCUGGAACUCGCAAAUGACCUAUUGCUUAAGUCACUGAAAGUGUUUGUGUUGGAAGAUUUUAGCUGUAUGUGCACUUCCUCAAUAUCAUUUAGAUCCUGGUUAUUUAACGAAUAACUAAGAACUUUAUUGGUCAAUUGGAGGUUGGGAGUGAGACUGGAUUGGUGUUGGUUCGAAUUCCACUAUUGUGCUGGAGACUGGAUCAACAUUCAUCAUCCAAAUAGCCCCAUAAUGCAAUUCGAUACAUCACCGACCCGGUCUAUCACUCAUCUUGAAAUGGCCAAUAAAUUCCCGCAGGUCUAAGAUGUCCAUGAAAAUUGCAAGUCUCAGCAUGAACAUUCGGUUUCGUUUACAAUCAUCAUAUACUGUCAAUGCCAGCUUCAUUAACAAUUGUUUCAGAAGUUGUGCUUUAUAUUAGUUCUGCGAACUUUCUUUGGUCUUCUCUCUGAAAAAGCGUUCUCAGUUUAUGUAGUUUACUGUACGUUUAUCCUUGCAUUCAUUUAUCGCCUUAGUAUACACUUUGAACGACCGCUUCUGCCUUCAGCAGGUCGUCAUGUGUCAGAUAGUGCUUUCAUGUGUUUUUUUUUUCUUUUUUUUAACUGACCCACCUUUCUUUCCUUAAUUCGCAACAGGUGAAAGCGCGUCUCCAGAAAAUGGGUGCGCUGACCUCUAUGAACAUUUUCCUUCGGCAAGAAAUUGACCGCAUGCAGAGAGUGAUAACAGCUGUGGGGAGCACACUGGUGGAUCUUAAACUCGCUAUCGAUGGAACCAUCAUCAUGAGCGAGAACCUUAAGGACGCUUUGGACAACAUUUAUGACGCUCGAGUGCCCGGUCUUUGGAAAAAGGUAGGGUUCCUCGUUAAUUUGGGCUAAAAUAGUCAAGGGCUGUUACGGCUCCCUAAAAUGAGUCCCAGAGAAGGCUAAAAUAGUUUUCUGACUUGGCUGUUUGUUGCCCCACUUUUGUUCCACUGGAGGCUGAAUCAGACUUGCUGUCCUCAAAGCUAAUUUCACUUUGGGGGUUGAAAAAAUGAGGUUGAUUCUAGACCGCGGAAUAGCGGGAUAGAGUGACAAGCAUCUACUUUCUUUUUAAUGUAAUACUACUGCUUAAACAUAAAUGGUGAGCAUGUUAUGAAAUAACUACCAACAAUUAAAUUCCAUGAUUUUUGAACAAUUAAUGACCUGGUAAGGGCAAAAACAAUUGUUGACAUAACAAAGUUUAGGGUCAAUCAAAAAAACAAUGAUGAUUAUAAGGAAAGAGAAAUGAAAAAUUAAGCAGAAAUUGGAUUACCUUUUCCAAGAACUUACAACUUAGAAAUGUCCCUUGCGUCAGAUUAUGCAAGAGCUCGAAUUGUCUCUUAAACCUAUCCUUUCUUUAUUCUGACAGAUAUCCUGGGAUUCGACCACCCUCGGUUUUUGGUUCACCGAACUGAUUGAGCGCAACAAUCAGUUUUCGUCCUGGUUAUUUGAAGGCAGGCCCAAUGUGUUCUGGAUGACUGGUUUCUUCAAUCCUCAGGUAAGACUACAGUCUCCGCUUUUACCGAGCGAUUUUGUGUCAGUUGGAAGUGGAAUGUUCCCAAAGAUGGGCGGAAAAGUUAUAUAGUAAACUAUACAGAGUUAUAAAAUGUUCGCCAUCUCUGUGCUUUAAAUCACAGCAAACCCUAAAAAUUACAACUUCAGCGGUAUCAAUACACUGUGUCCCUCUGACACCCUCCGUCUCUUCAUUGUUUCCUCAAAAUCCCUUUAAAAAAGGUUAAAGGUUAAAGGCUUGUUUAUAGUGGAAAGAGCACUUAGCUUGUCCAGCUAAUCUACAGGCACUCCACUCAAAUAUUAGAAACAAAAUAAUUCAAAUACAACAUAACAGGAUUAAAAACCCCAACUGGCAGAAGGCAACCAGUUGGCUAUUUACAAGCGUGGCUGAGAAUUUGAACUCGGGACGACCGAGCACAAAUCCAGCAAGUGGCCAGAGCGGGACUCGAACCCGGGACCGCCGGAUUGCGAGUCCGACGCGCUGACCACUCGGCCACGCUGCCUCCUGUCAUUGCCUUUCUGGCAAUGACAGCUCUUGCGAACUGAGGAGGCAUUGAAAUAUUUGUGGGAUACCUGAGUACGAGACGGUUCCCAACUCUUAUUUCAAGUACUAUUUGAGCAAUUCCAUAGCUCCCUUUCUUUCCUGAUACUUAUCUGUUUGACAAGCGUCGUGUGAGGCACACGAUCUGGAUUUGAAAAAGUUAUACUUAAAUUAAUUAUCGCACUUGAAGUCCGGUUGGCGAAUGGUCCAUGCUGCCAACACUCAUUGGCGGCUCAGGUCUUCAUUCUCUAUGCUUCUUUGAACUUUUCACUCCCGGAGUCAAUUUUGGGGACAUAAUAGACCUUACUUUUGAGUCCUUUGAGGAGAUACUUAAAGUAUGACCAUUCAAACUAAACCUUAUUUUUUAAUUGUUGUGAGCGUCAUAAUUGUUAUAGUAGUUCAAUAAAUCGAGGUACGUUUUUCUUCUCUUAUAGGGUUUCCUGACAGCUAUGAGACAAGAAAUUACUCGUGCACACAAAGGAUGGGCGCUCGACAACGUUGCUCUAGCCAACGACGUCACUAAGAUGAUGAAGGAGGAUGUUUCGUCAGCCCCUGCCGAAGGAGUUUACGUGCAUGGCUUGUUUCUGGAUGGCGCUGGCUGGGAUCGUAGGAAUUGCAGGCUCAUGGAACCCGCGCCUAAGGUUCUGUUUACCGCUCUUCCUGUGGUUCACGUUUACGCGGUUAACACGGCUGCUAUGGCGAAAGACUCGAAAGAUAACAAAGAUGCGCUGAAGUUUUAUGAGUGUCCUGUGUAUAAGAAACCAAGGCGCACAGACUUGACCUACAUCUUCUGCUUAAAUCUCAAGACCUCGCAACAUCCCGAUCACUGGAUUUUGCGUGGUGUGGCGCUUUUAUGCGACACAAAGUAG